AUGGGAGACAAGAUUAGGCGAUUGAGAGCAAAAUGUCGAAGCAGUAAUUUUACGACGGACGCCCUCCUCGUGUCUAGCUGGAACAUUAAAAUUUAUUCAGAAAAAUGGGAACUAAGAAGCGAAAGGAACAAAAAAAAUAACACAGAGCAAAAACUUUCCUACUUCCAAAUUUUUCGUUACGCAACAUGUCUAGAAAUCACUGCUACGUUUUUUGGUGUUAUCUUCGGAAUGCUAAGUGGUGGCGGCGUCUGCUACAACAUGGUCCAAAUUGGAGAGCUAAGCACAGCUUUUGUGGAAAGAACUACAAACCCAGAGCGCGCCAGCAGUUACUUGCCACUAACAGAGACCUUUGGAGGGGGAAGAAGACUUGUGAACGCAACGUAUGAAGAAAACAUGUUGGCUUUGAAAGAAGAUGCAAAAGCGAUGGCCAUCGGUCUCUUCCUAAGCAUAGCCAUCUCGCUCAUAUUCUGCAUGCUGUCAGUGGGGUUAAUCAGCUGGAGUGCAUUGCGGCAGAUAACUCGGAUACGAAUGCUGUUCCUGAAGGCUGUGCUGCGUCAAGAUAUGUCCUGGUUCGAUACUGAUUCAGAAUUCAACUUGGCUUCCAAAAUGUCAGAAAAUUUAAUGAGCCUAAAGGAAGGUAUGGGUGAAAAGCUUGCGGUGGUGUCUAACCUGGUCGGAACCUGUAUAAUUUGCUUAGCUACGGCUUUUCCGAUAGGAUGGGAGCUUACGCUUGCUUGUGUAUCGAUUAUGCCUCUGUCUUUGGCAGCGUCUAUCAUUUUAUCCAAUUACCAAACCAAAUCAUCAAUGUUGGAAAUGGAGUCCUACAGUCAAGCUGGCAAACAAGCCGAAGAAGUACUAAAGUCGAUCCGAACAAUUGUAGCAUUCAAUGGAGAGAGCAAAGAAGUUGACAAAUACGGCCGUUUACUUCAGCCUGCGGAAAGACAGGGUCGGAAACGUGGCAUUUUCUCCGGCUUAGGUAAUGGAUUUAACUGGAUCCUCACAUAUUCCCUAAACGCUAUAGGUUUAACUUAUGGCACAAGGUUAGCGCUCUUGGAUUUCGAUAAGGAGCCUGAUGAUCGCAAAUAUUUAGUUGGUACCGUAUUUAGUGUACUGUUUAGUGCAUAUAUGGCUACGCAAUCCAUUACAUUUUGUGUGCCACAUGCGGAAGUUUUCGCUGCAGCUCGAGGAGCCGCCGCUAGUAUAUUCCAAUUAUUGGACAGGGAUCCCAAAAUUGAUAGUCUACACACUACAGGGCUAUCGCCAAGAAGAGUCAUAGGCGAAAUAAGCCUUGAAGAUAUACAUUUUAACUAUCCAUCAAGGCCUGAAGUAAAGGUCCUCAACGGAUUUUCUCUUCACGUCAAAUCUGGAGAAUCUGUUGCGUUAGUUGGCGCUUCUGGUUGCGGCAAAUCAACGAUACUUCAGCUACUCCAGAGACUAUAUGAUCCAAUUUCAGGAUAUGUAAAAUUAGAUGGAAAGGAUGUUAAAAAUCUGAAUUUAAGUUGGUUGCGUUCGUGUUUAGGGGUGGUUGGUCAAGAGCCAGUCUUGUUCCGAGGGUCAAUAUUUGAUAAUAUUGCAAUAGGUUUUCCAGAAGCAACCCGAGAAGAAGUUCAACAUGUCGCUGAAAUGGCUUAUGCUCAUGAGUUUAUCACAAAUUUGCCAAAUGGAUAUGAUACAGUUAUAGGAGAACGUGGUGCGUCAUUAUCUGGUGGUCAAAAACAGCGCAUAGCGAUUGCACGGUCGUUACUAAGAGAACCUGCUGUCUUACUUCUGGAUGAGGCUACAUCCGCUCUUGACCCACAUUCUGAGCGACAAGUACAAGCCGCCCUCGAUCGCGCUAGUGUCGGCCGUACUACUAUUGCAGUAUCUCAUCGGCUAUCUACUAUUGUAAACUAUGAUAGGAUCAUUUGUAUGGAUCAAGGUGUAAUAGUAGAAGAAGGUACACACGAUGAACUUAUGCAAAAGCAAGGAUUUUAUUACAAGCUAGUAACAACAGGUAAUGAAAAUAAACCAGUAGAAGAAAUUGAAACGUUACCAGAAGAAGGAGAUGGCGACGAGAAUAAAAGUGAACCAAUUUUAGCCCCACGAAAUGAUGUGAGGCGAAAAUCUACUAAACGAUUGCACAGGCACCACUCAACUAAAAGAGAAUCUCACGACUGGAUGACUCCGCGGGGAUCAAUCGCUUCUGUAAUGUCCGCUGGACUGCAACACUUUGUGUACAAUGCUGAAUAUGAAUCAGAUGAAGAAAAGGAAGAAGAUGAUGAACAGGUAAAGCCACUUAGCGAUUGGGAUAUUUUAAAACUAAAUGGACCCGAGUGGCCGCUUAUCACGAUUGGAUCUAUUGCAGCAUUUAUUCAGGGAGCCUGUUUUCCUGUAUUUGCUCUGCUUUUUGGAUUUUCUAGUGGGAUUUUCGUUUUACCAGAUCGAAAUCAAAUUAUAUAUUUGGCCGAUCUGUACUCGGGUAUGUUUGUCGUAGUGGCAGCUGUUGCUGGAAUUUCCAUGUGUCUUCAAGGCACUACAUUCACUACUGCUGGAUUAAGAAUGACCACUCGUUUAAGGAAACAAUAUUUCUCAGCCUUGCUGUCACAGGAAAUUGGCUAUUUUGAUAAAGAAUGCAACACAGUUGGAGCAAUGUGCGCAAGGCUUAGUGGAGAUACAGCUGAAGUUCAGGGAGCGACAGGUUUGAGAAUAGGACUUAUACUGCAAGGAAUAAGUUCGUUAGUAGUCGGUUUCAUUAUGGCAAUGUGCUAUAACUGGAAACUUACCUUAGUUGGAACAGUUUUUCUCCCUUUGAUGGUUGGUAGUAUUUGGCUAGAAGGAAUAGUAUCACAGAAAUCGCAAUCUGACGAACGCGCGGCUAUGGAGUCGGCUACAGCCAUUGCAACAGAAGCAGUUGUUAGCAUAAAAACAGUGCAAAGUUUAGGUGUUGAAACAAUAUUCCUCAAAAAAUUCGAGGACGCUUUGGUAGCAGCUUGCUCUGCUGUUAUUAAAAAGACGCGCUGGCGAGGUUUGGUACUGGGUUUAGGCGUGUAUGUACCAUUUUUGGCUUACUGUAGCGCAACGGUGUAUGGUGCUAUUUUGGUUGCUGAUGGAGAAAUUGAAUACAAGAUUGUGCUACUGGUAAAUGAAGCUAUCAUGUACGGAGCGUAUAUGUUAGGUCAGUCAUUGGUGUAUGCUCCGGGUUUCAACUCGGCUAAAGCGGCUGCAGCGAGGAUCGUAACAAUUAUCAAGCGGAUACCCAGAGUGAGAACAGAAGAUGGUAUUAGAGAUAAAAAAGAUUGGGUUGCCACCGGUAAUUUCUCAAUUAAAGAUGUUGAAUUCUGUUAUCCCACCCGUCCACACCAAAGAGUGCUCAAGGGUAUCGAUUUAAAGGUAGAAGCUGGAAAAACUGUCGCCUUAGUCGGCUCUUCAGGUUGUGGCAAAUCGACAGUGCUUCAAUUAAUGCAAAGAUUCUACGAUCCUGAAACUGGAAAUAUUGCUUUAGACGGGCGCGACAUCAGGACCUCUCUAACUCUGCCACGUCUUCGAAGACAGCUCGGUGUGGUACAACAAGAACCGGUGUUAUUUGAUAGAACGCUGGCCGAAAAUAUUGCAUACGGUGAUAUUAAUAGAAAAGUUACCAUGAUCGAGAUUACAGCCGCUGCCAAAGCUGCCAACAUCCACAGCUUUAUAGUUUCCUUACCUGAAGGCUACAACACCAACUUAGGUGCUAGCGGUGCGCAGUUAUCUGGUGGCCAGAAGCAGCGUGUAUGUAUAGCACGAGCUCUUAUCAGAUCCCCUCGACUACUUCUACUUGACGAAGCCACCUCGGCCUUGGAUGCAAACAGUGAGCGAGCCGUGUCAGAAGCCUUGGAAAAAGCAGCUAAAGGCCGCACUUGUAUUACGAUUGCUCACCGUCUAUCAACCAUCAAAGAUGCUGACCUUAUUUGUGUUGUAGAUAAAGGUAAAAUCGUGGAACAAGGCUCUCACACCGAGUUAAUCAGCCAACGAGGUCACUACUGGCGAAUGUGUAAAGGACAGAAAAUGCUAUAA